CCGGCCGAUGCUCGAUGCUGCCGGCUGGAGCUUGUAGCUGUCAUGGCGAAGAGCCAUCGCUUCAAAGUCAGGCAACGAAACAGGUGAAACACCGCGAGGAAAACGGGGGAAUACGGAGAAGGAGGAGAGGGGGACAUAAAAUAAGAAAAAAAAAAAAAAGAACAGCUCAGAAAAAUAAACUGGUCAAUAAAAAGUUUGGAGGAGGGAUGUGAGGCGUCGAGUUGGAGAGUCCCGGGGUCGUCGCUGUCCGUUUGUCCGCCCGUGUCGACGCUUUAAAUCUCCCCCGACCCUCCCCCCUCGCUGUGAAUUAUUUUGAAACGGAGGGAGAAAUAAAAGUUUUAUUUUCCGAGGUGGCGCUUCGAGCCUCAUCCUGUCAGGCAACAUGUCCGAGUCCAACGUGAAAGUAGCCGUGAGGAUUCGUCCCCUCAACAGACGAGAGAUUGAUUUGAACACCAAGUGUGUUAUAGAUGUUGAGGGCAAUCAGACCAUUCUAAGUCCAGCUAAUGCCAACCUUGGUAAAGGAGAUGCCAGGAGCCAGCCAAAGGUUUUUGCGUACGAUCACUGUUUCUGGUCAAUGGAUGAGUCAGUUAAGGAGAAGUAUGCAGGUCAAGACAUAGUGUUCAAGUGCCUUGGUGAAAGUCUGCUGCAAAAUGCGUUUCAAGGAUACAAUGCUUGUAUAUUUGCCUAUGGACAGACUGGCUCAGGGAAAUCGUACACAAUGAUGGGCUCAAAGGACAAGCCGGGUUUGAUCCCUCGACUAUGCAGCAAGCUGUUCGAACGAGCAUUGCAAGACGCAAAUGAGGAACAAAGCUUCACAGUUGAAGUGUCAUUCAUGGAAAUCUACAAUGAGAAAGUCCGGGACCUCCUUGAUCCAAAAGGGAGUCGACACACUUUGAAGGUGAGAGAACACAAGGUUCUAGGUCCUUAUGUGGAUGGUUUAUCCAAACUGGCUGUGACAAGUUACAAGGACAUUGAAUCUUUGAUGUCAGAAGGGAAUAAGUCUCGAACAGUCGCUGCAACGAACAUGAAUGAGGAGAGCAGCCGCUCCCAUGCAGUUUUCAACAUUAUUCUUACACAUACAUUAUAUGAUCUUCAAUCUGGGACUUCUGGUGAGAAGGUGAGUAAGCUGAGCCUUGUGGACCUGGCAGGCAGUGAGAGGGCAGCAAAGUCUGGAGCUGCUGGGGAUCGACUGAAGGAAGGAAGCAACAUUAACAAAUCCUUAACGACUCUCGGCUUGGUAAUCUCUGCUUUGGCAGAUCAGGCUGCUGGGAAGAACAAGAACAAGUUUGUACCCUACAGGGACUCAGUACUGACCUGGCUACUCAAGGAUAGUCUUGGUGGAAAUAGCAAAACAGCAAUGAUCGCAACUGUCAGCCCUGCAGCGGACAAUUACGACGAAACAUUGUCAACGCUGAGGUAUGCAGACAGAGCCAAAAACAUAAUCAAUCACGCAGUGGUGAAUGAGGAUCCCAACGCCCGAAUCAUCCGGGAACUCCGUGAGGAAGUAGAUAAACUACGGGAGCAGCUCUCUAGAGCAGAGGCAAUGAAAGCCCCAGAGCUGAAGGAUCGUUUGGAAGAGUCUGAAAAGCUAAUUCAGGAAAUGACUGUUACAUGGGAAGACAAGCUUAGGAAAACGGAAGCCAUUGCACAGGAGCGUCAGAAGCAAUUGGAAAGGCUUGGCAUUUCUCUCCAGUCCUCUGGAAUCAAAGUUGGAGAUGACAAGUGUUUCUUGGUGAAUCUGAAUGCCGAUCCAGCUUUAAAUGAGCUGCUUGUUUACUAUUUAAAGAAUCACACUCUAGUCGGGUCUGAUGAUUCCCAGGAUAUCCAACUGUGUGGCAUGGGAAUACUUCCGGAACAUUGUAUCAUUGAUAUCUCUCCAGAGAGACGAGUCACACUCACACCCAGGCAAAACUCCAGAACAUUUGUGAACGGCUCCCUGUUGACUAGCCCUGUGCAGCUUCAUCACGGUGAUCGAAUCCUUUGGGGAAACAACCAUUUCUUCAGAAUUAAUUUGCCAAAAACCAGACCAAAAACAGCACAGGAUGACGACGGACAGGAGAGUCUCAUGAAGCAAAGUUCCAGCAGUGAGCAACUGGAUGGAGAUGGGGACAGUGUCAGUGAGGGUUCCAGUGAAAGCAAUUACAGCUAUGAGUUUGCACAGAUGGAGGUUACUAUGAAGGCCCUUGGAAACAAUGAUGCAAUGCAGUCGGUGCUGCAGAGGUUGGAACGCCAACAUGAGGAGGAGAAGCGGUCUGCACUUGAACAACAGCGCCUGAUGUACGAACGAGAAUUGGAGCAGUUACGGAGACGUUUAUCCCCAGAGAAACAUUACCGCAGUAUGGAGCGCCUCUCGUUUGGCUCUCCCAGCACUCAACAGCGGCUACGUCAGUGGACAGAGGAGAGAGAGGCAAUGCUAAACCACAGUCUCAUGAAGUUGCAGGAGCAGAUUGCCAAGGCAAAUCAUUAUGUACAUGAAGCAAAUUAUAUAGCUGAAGAAAUGGAGAAGAAAACCGAGUAUCAGGUGACUCUGCAGAUUCCAGCAUCCAGCCUUGACGCUAACAGAAAGCGUGACUCCAUUCUCAGUGAACCAGCCAUCCAGGUACGAAGGAAAAAUAAAGGCAAGCAGAUCUGGCCACUAGAGAAACUGGAAAACCGAUUAAUUGAUAUGCGUGAACUUUACCAGGAAUGGAAAGACUGUGAUGAGGACAAUCCUAUGAUGAGGUCCUACUUCAAGCGAGCUGACCCAUUCUUUGAUGAACAGGAAAACCACAGUCUGAUUGGGGUUGCAAAUGUCUUUUUGGAGUUGCUGUUUUAUGAUGUUAAAUUGCAGUAUGCAGUACCCAUCAUUAACCAGAAGGGAGAGGUUGCAGGACGCCUACAUGUGGAAGUGGUACGAAUGAGUGGGGAUCUUAGUGAUCGAAUUGCUGGUGGAGAAGAUACAUUGGACAGUCCGAAUGAAAGUGAAAUGCAGGAGAGAGAAAUGACGCGAAAAAUAGUCUGCAGAAUAAAAAUUCUUCAGGCUACAGGCUUGCCUCGGCACUUGUCAAACUUUGUUUUCUGCCAGUAUACCUUCUGGGAUCAGACUGAACCAAUCAUUGUUGCACCAGAGGUGGAUCCUUCCUCCUUAACCCCUGCUGGCAAGGACCCGGAGUGCAUGGUUGUUUUUGACCACUGUAAGGAAUUCUCAGUCAACCUUUCUGAAGAUCUGUUGGAAUAUCUCUCGGAAGGAGCACUAGCAUUCCAAGUAUAUGGACAUAAAUCACGUGACUCUCGAAAAAACACUUCCAUAUGGGACUUGGGAAUAAUACAAGCCAAAACACGAUCACUGCGGGAUAGGUGGAGUGAGGUGAUGCGAAAGAUAGAGCUCUGGAUCCAGAUCUUGGAACUGAAUGAGAAUGGGGAGUACGUCCCUGUGGAGGUGACCCUCUCGAAGGAUGUUUCCACCGGUGGCAUCUUUCAAUUACGACAGGGUCAGUCUCGACGUAUUCAAGUUGAAGUAAGGUCAGUUCAAGACUCUGGGACGUUGCCUUUAAUUGCUGAAGCAGUGUUGUCUAUUGCUGUGGGAUGUGUCAAAACCAGACCUGCUAGAACCCAGAAAUAUCAAGAUACCCACUUGGAAGAAGAGGAUGACAUGGACAGUUACCAGGAGAGGGAUCUGGAGAAGCUACGUCGGAAAUGGUUAACUGCAUUAACUAAGAGGCAGGAAUAUCUUGACAAGCAACUCCAGAAACUCGCUGGUAAAUCCAAUAAGUCUGAAGAUGAUGCAGACCGUGAGGCGCAAUUGUUGGAGCGAAGAUUGACACUAACGGAGGAGAGGAAUGCUGUGAUGGUCCCAUCAGCCGGGAGUGGAAUCCCAGGAUCCCCAGCAAAAUGGAGCCCAGCAGCUGGAAUGGAAACACAUGUUCCUGUUGUUUUCCUUGACCUAAAUGCUGAUGACUUCAGCUCUCGGGAAGAUCUGGAUGGACCAGAACCUGGUGCACUGGAUGCCAGCCUUGUUGAUGAGGAUGAUGAUGACAUUUUUGAACUUCAGAUUGCAAAACAUCAUGACCCAGAGGUGAAAGCAGAGGCUUCCUGGGACUCCAAUGUCCAUAACUGUUCAUCCUUGAGCAAAGGAACUCCAGCCGAUGAACGUGUCUUCCUUAUCGUGAAGGCUGUGGUGCAGCUCAGCCACCCUGCCGAGAUGCAGCUGGUGUUACGUAAACGCAUCUGUGUGAACGUCUACAGCCGACAGGGCUUUGCACAAAACUUCUUGAGAAGAAUGUCCUACAAAAGUACACUUAACGCAUGUGGAGUGACCUUUGAGAUAGUCUCAAAUAUUCCAGAGGAUGCUCAAGCAUCUGAGGACCGUGAAACUCUGGCACGAAUGGCAGCAGAGUUGGAAAAUGCAGAAUCUGCUGAGAAAGAAGCAUACAUUGAGAAAUACCUCCGUAGUGUACUGGCAGUGGAGAAUAUCCUCACUCUGGAUCGUCUGCGUCAGGAAGUUGCAGUAAAAGAACAAUUAAAUGCAAAGCGUAAACUGACCAGAAGGUGCAUCAGCUCUCCAAACGUCAACCGGUUGUCUGGGAGCCGCCAUGAACUCAAUGCAAGAUCAAGUCUUGAACGUGACAAGAGUCGAUGGGAGAGUCAGCAGGACAUAUCGACAGCUGUACUGCAGUCAAACAAAAAGACGCCUCCAUACCGUUCCCCGGUGUCCAGGCAUUCUAUGCCACAAGACGCAGACUCAUUCUCAGCACUAGCAGCCUCUUACUUAAAUCCAGUGAAGGCCUUUGUACCUCAGAUGCCCAAACUUCUCAAAUCACUUUUCCCUGCACGGGAUGAGGAGAAGAGGAGAUCUGCCCCUCCUCAAAAUCUGCAGUCUGUUCCUCGAAUCUUGGUGCAGCCUGAUAAUCUUGAAGAUGCUGCUGAACAGAAUAAAGUUGCUCACAAAGAGAAAGUACCUUCAGCUUCACUGAUGAUGAUAAAGCCUACCCACCCUGCAGUGACAGGCUCGGAGACUCGAACUGCUCCUUCGAAGAAUGAGUCAGUGGACACAACCAGCCAUGAAACCCAAGGAGAGCCUCAGAGUCCUUCGAGUGAAGCUUCGAGUGGAUAUUUCUCCCACAGCGUUUCCACAGCAACCCUCUCGGAAACAAAUAUGGUGUUGAGUGGCGAGGUUGGCACAUCCCCAUCCAAUUGGGCCACUCCUGACAGGGACACACCCGCCCAGUUACAAAAUCAACGAAUAUUGAGCUGUGAGAGUUCAACGCAGCUGGAUGCUGGUACGAAAUCAGGUUCCUGUCUUGCUAGACCAGCAGCCAAUGGGUCUCUGGAUGUGCGACAUCAAAUCAAUCAAGUGAAAAGUGGUGCUUCACACAUGUCCAGUGAAGAUGCACAUCAAUUCCAACUACAAACCCCAAGCAAAGAUACAGGGAAAGAUUGUGAAAGCCUUCGAAAUCGAUCACCAAACUCUGAAGUAACAGCAGAGUUUGGACAUGAGACCAUGGCAGCAGAAGCCAUGGAGAAAUCUGCGUCAGGCGACAUCAAAAACAGCUUCUCUACCUCUCAGACAACCGAAUGGCCAUUAAACAAAACAGAUGGCAUUGAUGUGUCAAACCAGACGUCCACUCUGCAUUCCCUCCAAAUCGAUAGACUAAAAGAUUUGUCUCCAAUACAGAAGGCAACCUCGGCAUUAAGUGCCUCUAAACCUGAGCCGACAUCCGAUGCAACACAGCCUAAAACCGCAGCAUCCAACCCCUUCAAAAUCCAAAAAGUAAGAACAUCCGAGUUGAAAUCCUUCACUGGCAUCUUGGGAGAUGAAAACGUGUGGCAAGGUUCAGAAGAUAGUCUUGAAGACAAAGAAGCGCAGUGUCCCACAGAGCAAUGGGACUCUGGGGCCUCAGGCUUAGCUGUAUUGGAGGCAGGUGACGAUUCUGAGAGAUCUGUGACUGUAAGUACAAAGGUUGAUGAUGAUCAUGAGUUAUCAAGCGAAAAACUUGAAAUUAUUUCAGAUUCAGAGGAAGCUGUUGACAUCGUUCCCGAGUGGCUAAAAGAGGGGGAGUAUGUCUCAGUUGGUACGAACAAGACUGGUACAGUCAGGUAUAUAGGACCAACGGAAUUUGCUGAUGGAAUUUGGAUUGGAAUUGAACUGAGUGUACCAGCAGGCAAGAAUGACGGCUCAGUUGGUGGAAAGCAGUAUUUCCGAUGUAAUCCAGGCUACGGAGUGUUAGUCAGGCUAAAUCGAGUCGCAAAAGCCACUAGCUCAGUAAAACGGCGGAGUACUGGCCUCCGGAUACAGUCGGCCGCAACUUCAGAGAAUCGGAGGAGUGGAAACUUCUCAAGGUCCAACCCAAAUUUAUCAGCUCUUACUGCACUUGCCAAAUCCGAAGGUGGAGCGGGACUCCGGUCAGGUGACAGGACUCCAAGAAAGAGUGAGCAUAGGAAAUCCUGGUCCGCUGAGCAAAAGCCUUCCUGAGAAAUGAACCAGUGGACUGUGAUACUUGGAUCUUAUUGGUAAGGCUUUGGAACUGGACACCUGGAGGAAACUUCUUUAAGUUGGGCCCGUUGGUGCCUUUGUUGAAUAACUUCCCCAACCCGAGGCGACCAAUCCACUGGUUUACCCGAUUUCUUUUAUUUCAUUUUCCUCUUUUCACUAGCCGUGUUCACUUAUCUUCAGCAGUAAUAUUUUAUUUUCCUGCUUCAAACUAGAAGAUAAUCAAACAUCACCUGAAAAUGGCAAUCAUCUGUUGGAUUUGUGAAUUACUAGACGUGUAUAUGAUUCACAUGAGGGCUCUUGUAAUGUCAAAGUUUGACUUUAUGCUUCAAUCAUGUUGAAUUGCUUCCACUUCUCCUUGUUUAGAGUAAAAUGUGUUCAUUUCUUGCCCCAGUGACGUUGUUCACUCAGCAUUGUAUUGUUGCAGCACUUAAAUUUCAUCAGGAAAUGCCACAGCUGAUUUUAGCUGUGGUUGGACUUCAGGCAGUUCAGAGAGAAGGGCUUUUGUGUCACCCGCUCAAAGUCUUUGCUCAGCUCAAUUUUGAGGCCAGGGCCCCAUUUCUUUCCUUCCAACGUGACCCACAGGCAGCUUGCUGAUGUAGCAAAGGGGCGCAGGGGCUGGGUAGGGAAUUAAGCGAUGCCUCAGCGAAACAGGUACUUGCCUGGGCUGCCUAUGUGAAAGGGCCAACAAAAGUGCUGGGAACGGGACUGUGCAUUUUGCCGUAAUUGUCAGGGUGUCACAGCCACACUCCCACCAGUGGAAGCCUCUCCUAUCAGGACCCAGGAAUCUAUUUUUGCCACCUUAGCUGGCAAUAGUGGAAACUUAAGUGGUGUUCCUGUGCAAUGCAACAAAUUUUAACAGGUCUGUUGAAAUUCUGGGGAAUGUUUUGAAGUAUUCUGGUACUGAAAUAUGCAGGUACCAAACACUUGGGGAAGAUGGGAUUUUCAACCACUUGACUGCUGAUAAACCUCAGAAUUGUGUUUGACUGUACAGUUGAGAGUACAAGUUGUGGUAGCAAAUCUGGAACAACAUGACCAGGAUAGAAAGUUCUGCCCCACUAGACCAUUUCCGCUGUGGCCAUUUUAAAAUGCAUUUUAUAAACUAUGCAAAUGUUGAUUUAAUUAACGUUAAAAGUUGAGAGAAGCAGAUGCUACUUCCAUUGGGUCUUUUUCACACAGCCUCCCUGAUUUAUCUGGAAUUCUCAACAAAUGUGUAGUGGCCAUAAUGUGGGAGCAGACAUUUUAGUCACAAGAGGAAUGAGAAGAAGCCUUCACUUAGUAUGUUAUCUGAGAUUUCAAGUUUCUAGAUGUGUUCUCAAUGAUCAAAAUAAUAUUUUUUAAUAAACAAAGCAUUAGAAACA